UCCACUGCAGGACUGUGUAUGUGUGUGUGUGUGUAAGUGUGUGUGUGUGAGAGAGAGUGUGUGUGUUUGUAAAUGAUGGGCUCUGGUUGUCAACGUGCCUGCUCUGCAUCAUCAGACAUUUCACCUCCACUGUAAAUUAAAAAAGGAGGAAGAUUGCAUUUAGAUGCAGCUGACAUUUGCACGUCUGCACGCCGAGGACGCAACACAGUCUGCAGGAUUUUUGGGAACAAUCCAAGCAAGACUGCAGAGAAAAAGAAAACCGGUAGCAAUUACCCUUUCUCCUGGGGAGGAUUUUUAAAUAUUAUAUAUUGAAAUUUUUUUUUUUUUUUUGUAAUGGCUGGUUAGUGCAGACGGCGAUGCUCCGAGCAGAGGAGGGACGAGGCAGGUGAGGAGGGUCUUUUUUCUCCGGAGAAAGGAGCCGCGCGCAUCCACCUUUUUCCUCCACGCGCGACGGACACCUGCAUGCUCCACCUGACCAUCCGCGGGUGCAUGUGUUCUGUUGCCAUGGCAGCCAUGAGUCCUCUCCUCCCGUUUCUCCUCCUGCUGCUUCAUCUGGCUGAUGGCUCAUUCCCAGAGGAGCCCAGUCCACUCAGCUACGUCCCCCUGGAGGUGGUGAGGAGGUACCCAGUCUUCCUGGGCAGAGCUCAUCGUUCAGCCCAGAGACAAGAGCUGCACAUCCAGACGGUCCUCCAAGUCAACCGCACUCUCUACAUCGGAGCCAGAGAUGAUUUAUACCGAGUGGAGCUGGACAACAUGGCGGGUGAUGAGAUGUUCUACAGCAAGAAACGAACAUGGGAAUCCAACAAAAACGACAUCCGAGUGUGCCGGAUGAAGGGCAAACACGAGGGGGAGUGUCGCAACUUCGUGAAGGUCCUGCUGCGGCAGCACGGAGGUCUGUUUGUGUGCGGCACCAACGCCUUCAACCCGCUGUGCGCCAACUACACCAGAGACACCCUGGAAAUGGUGGGGGAGACCGUCAGCGGGAUGGCGCGCUGCCCGUACGACCCACGCCACGCCAACGUGGCGCUAUUCGCAGAUGGAAGUCUUUUCACCGGCACCGUGACGGACUUCCUGGCCAUCGACGCCGUGAUCUACCGCAGCCUGGGCGACAGCCCCGCCCUACGCACGGUCAAACACGACUCCAAGUGGUUCCGAGAGCCCUACUUUGUGAGCGCCAUGGAGUGGGGGCCUCAUAUUUAUUUCUUCUUCAGAGAAAUGGCAAUGGAGUUUCACCAUCUGGAGAAGGUAAUGGUGUCCCGUGUGGCCCGCGUGUGCAAGUCGGACCUGGGCGGCUCUCAGCGCGUCCUGGAGAAACAGUGGACCACCUUCCUGAAGGCUCGGCUCAACUGCUCCGUCCCGGGAGACUCACACUUUUACUUCAACCUCCUCCACGCCACCAGCGGCAUCAUCCGCAUGCGAGGCCGAGAUGUCAUCCUGGGUCUCUUCUCCACGCCCCCCAACAGCAUUCCCGGGUCUGCCGUGUGCGUGUUUGACAUGCAGCAGCUGGCCCACGCCUUCGAGGGACGCUUCAAAGAGCAGAAAUCCCCAGAGUCCAUUUGGACUCCGGUACCAGACGAGGCAGUCCCCAGACCGAGACCUGGAGGAUGCGCGGUCCAGGGAUCCAGAUUUAGUACGUCCACCACGCUGCCAGACGAGGUAUUAAACUUUGUGAAAACCCACCCUCUGAUGGACGAGACGGUGCCACUGCUAGGGCACAGACCGUGGGUGGUCAAGACAAUGGGACGGUACCAGUUGACAGCUAUGGUGGUGGACACAGAAGCCGGCCCCCAUAGGAACCGGACAGUCCUGUUCCUGGGCUCCACCCGAGGGACCAUUCUCAAGUUCCUAAUGAUUCCCAGUGAUCCGGUGUCCCACAGCAGUGUCUUCCUGGAGGAGGUGGAGGGUUUCAACCCGGACAAGUGUGGCGAGGACUCUGCUCAGGCUCGCCAGCUGCUGUCUCUGACCUUAGACCGUGCCAGUCACACACUGCUGCUGGCCUUCCCGUCCUGUCUGGUCCGCCUGCCCACGUCCCGCUGCCACCUGCACGCCCGCUGCAUGAAGAGCUGCCUUGCCUCAAGAGACCCGUACUGUGGUUGGACCAGAGGCAGCACCUGCGCUUUCCUGAGACCGGGAACCAGGCUCCCUUUCCAACAAGAUGUGGACUAUGGAAACACCACCUCGCAUUUAGGAGACUGUGAUGGCCUCCUCCAGCAGAGCCUUCUAAUAGAACCCGAGAGUCUGGUCUCCCUCAAUCUACUGGUGGCCUCUGCAGUCUCAGCCUUCACCAUCGGGGCGGCGCUCUCAGGGCUGGCCGUCUGCUGGAUCAUGGCUCACAAGCCUGCCAACCGUCGCCAUGGCAACACCGCCCAGUCGUCUAUCCAGCGGCGUGAAAGGGGCCUAUUAAGCGGCGCCGGUGGAAUCGGAGGCUCUGUGCUCAGCGUGACGCGCCAGGGAGGCGGCGAGCGCCCCUGCAAUCAGGGCGGGGAGACCCUGUUCGUGAUGCCCAACGGUUGGGUGAAAUCCGGCGAGCUGGACCCAGGUUUCCUCCCCACCCCGGAGCACACGCCCCAGCAGAAACGCAGAGGCCUGCGCCUGUCUGACUCUAACUCCGGGGGAUGGGACACCAGCCAGACCUAUUUGGGGGGAGGCUCUGUGGGUCUGGGCUCCCCCUGUCGUAUUCCCCCCUCCGUCUACUUGACCACCCGACUGUUUCAGCAAGGGGGAGGCGGCCGGCACGGUGGCGAGGGCCGGGGCGGUGACACGCCCCGACAGCACUACGUCUGCUUAAGCAAGCAAGAGAAAGGAGUGAAGGGGACUCCCAAAGCCCCCCUGAGGAAGUCCGCGGGGGAAUAUGUGUACCCCAUGACGCCCCAGGACUCCCCUGAGCGCAGGAGGGUGGUCUCAGCACCCAGCGCCACAGUGGAGCACAGCGAGCCUCUGCCUUUGCGCUGGCCGGCCCAGGAAGGCUACAUCCUCAGCAGCCACGCCAUGGUACCCGUCCCCUUGCCCCCUCCCUCAAUGGCCGCCCCCAGCAGCCAGACAUACCAACAGCACACCCCGGCUCUGACCAGGGCUAUGUUGAGGGGGGCACUGGAGCGAGGGGAGCUUGGCGAGCUGAUGGACCUGAGCCUGCUCAUGAAGAAGAACUGCAAUGACAGAACUCAGGCCGGGCACUGAUUGCCGAGGAAAUCAAGGGCCUGCACGGGGGCCGUUUUCCACGUCUCUUUGCAUCGACUCGUCUUUAGCCUCACCCAACAUUCCCCCAGCCCCUUCAUCUCUGGACAUUAUAUUGCUUUGUCAUUGAAGCCCUCUUCCCUUCUGUCUCAGGCGACCGCCCCCUACCCUGUUGGCGAGGAUCUCGUUAUGCCUGCCGGUUUUUUACUGGCUGGCACUAAUUGGUAAGACGAACGGCGGUCGUUGCUGCGGAGCUGCCUUGCCUGCAGGCGGAGAAAGGGGCCCAAGGACGAAGGAGAAGAAGGCCCUUCAUGGCUGAAGUGAAGCGAGACUAACGAAUACUAGCAACCUGAUGAAAGUCUUGGCACACAACUUUUAAUCGGACAACUCUGUGUUUUCAAUGAGGUUCAAACAG